GUUACCAGCGGUUAUCAGUCAUUACCAGGUUAUCUACAGAUCUACAGUAAUUGGUGAGGGACGGAAUAUUGGUAUGUAGGAGAUAAUUUAGUUUAGUUUAGUUAGGGGGUAGCAUUUGGAGUGAUGGGUCUGUAGUUUAUCGAUCGAGUGUAAGAAGAAAUCAAAGUGAAGCUCUUUGUUGGAGGAUUUGCUCCCCUUUGGGCGCAUUCGGUGCAAGAGUACGAAAUGUCACUGCGUGCAGUCAUCCAUCGACUGUUGCAGAAUGGUCGUAUACUUCUGCGAACAUAUAAGCUUCAGAAAAAUCCGAAAUACGUGGUGGACGGAGUCAAAUUCAACAUUCUCCCGAACGGAGCAGAAGUAGAAUCCAGUACAUCGGCAGUGCAGUCUGUAUUUCGAAAUGUUGGCUUUCAAGUACAUGCCCAUGCCCGACGACUGUUUGUUGACAACGUCCUUAGAAGAGUCACCAAUUCUCUGGCUGCCGAUUUACGUAAGAGAGCAACUAAAAGAUUAUUAUUCGGCGAUUCUGCACCAUUUUUUGCUUUGGUUGGGGUGAGUUUGGCAUCUGGGACAGGAAUAUUAACCAAGGAUGACGAGCUAGAAGGCAUAUGCUGGGAGAUCAGAGAGGCAGUUUCUCGGAUGCAAUGGAACAUUUCAAAGACUGACUGCAGCGAAAGUGAGAUAAAAGGUGAUGAGGAACCUGUGGGACUCAGAAGCUUAGUUCUGGGACCUCUGAUUGCAAAAGGUUGUAGUGCUGCCGUAUAUGCGGCUCGCAAGAAGCAAGAGUCUGAGAAAACUGAGGCACUUCAAAAUUCAGAAAUGAGCGUUACAGUCGACACAAAUGAGCAAGAAUUGUCAAAUUUCCCAUUGGCUGUUAAGAUGAUGUUCAACUAUGAUGCAGAAUCCAAUGCCAUGUCCAUCCUGCGAGCAAUGUACAGGGAAACUGUCCCAGCAAAAUGCCACUUUACGAACGAGGAACUGAGCUCCUGGGAGAAGAGCCUGGUGGAUCGAAAGAAAACAUUGCCAUCCCAUCCGAACAUUGUGCAGAUGUACUAUGUGUUUGCUGACCGUGUUCCCAUGUUGCCUGGGUCCCUGUCUCUGUAUCCAGAUGCACUUCCUGCUCGUAUCAACCCAGCAGGCUAUGGGAGGAACAUGAGUCUCUUCCUGCUUAUGAAGAGGUAUGACAGUAAUUUGAAGAAGUACAUCCAAGAGAAGCAAUUGGGCAUCCGAGUGAGCACCCUUCUCCUAGCUCAGCUUCUGGAGGGAAUUGCACACAUUAACAUGCAUGGGAUUGCACAUAGGGAUCUCAAAAGUGAUAACAUCCUUUUGGAUUUAUCAGAGGGAGAUGAUACUUGCCCUCUCCUGGCAGUGACUGAUUUUGGGUGCUGUCUAGCUGACAGGGUGCAUGGUUUAUCAUUACCAUACCACUCACCAGAUACUGAGAAAGGCGGCAAUGCUGCACUCAUGGCACCAGAGGUAAUGUGCUCAGAGCCUGGUCCCUUCACCAGAAUUAACUAUUCCAAAUCAGACGCUUGGGCAGCUGGAGCCAUUGCGUAUGAACUGUUUGGUAUGGAAAACCCAUUCUACUCCAGUAGCUCUGAUACCAGGCCACCCCUGAACAACGUGUCCUAUACAGAAGAAGAUUUGCCUCCAUUACCAGAAAGAGUGCCAGUCACUGUUGCCAACCUUAUUCAUAACCUGCUUGUGAGGAACCCAUCCAAGCGCCUUGGUGCAGAAGCUGCUGCCACAGUAUGCCAACUUCUGUUGUGGGCUCCAAGUGCUUGGCUUCACCCAGAUGAACCAUACAUGCCAUCUAGCAAUGAGAUCCUGCAGUGGCUACUUUGUCUAACAACUAAGGUGCUGUGCGAGGGGAGGAAAUUGAGCGCAGCUGUUACUUCCAGCAGCUUUAACACUGAAGGGGUAGGAGAGGGUUGUGUUAGUCCCCCCAGAGGGAUUGGCACUCGGCGCACCCUGCCAGAAUACCAGCUUAUUGCUUCAUUCCUCAUGAGAGUAAAGCUGCGUGAAAUUCGGGCAGCCCUCGACUGGAUUCAUAAUAUGUAAUGCCCUGUUUGCUUACAUUUAGAUUUGCUUCAUAAUCUGUAUAUUCAGUUCUAGUAAUUUUGGGGGAAGUGGCAGAACCAAAUCUUUAGCAUAAGUACACCUAAAAGUUGCUCUCGUGCAACGUGUAUUCAAGAAUCACUUGUAAAUUUCAGACAUGAGUUGCAAAAUAACCAGUUAAAAUUUAAUGCUCUACAUAAUUAUUUUGUCAUAAUUAUCUGUAUAUGACUCAAUAUUUAUUCUACAUUUAUUACUUAUUUAGAUGCUUUUUUUAGGUCAGAAUUUAAUUGAAUUUGUUUGACAUUUUGUUACUGUAACGUGGAAUUAUAUAGCUGCUCUAAGCAUUUUUUGUGUAAUGAGACCUCUUAAUUCUGAGGUAGAAGAGGAAACUUCUACACAAGGCACAAGAAAACGAAAUUGAUUCUAGUUCAUCACAUAACUCUUUGUUCCUGAAUCGUUACAUUAAUGCUAUUUAAAAAGUUUGCCAUAUAUGUAGUAAUUUCUUUUUUGUUGUGUAAUCAUCAAUAUUACAGUAAUGUUGGACUACUUCGUCCUUAUAAGCAACUGUAGACUAGUUUAUAUUGUUAAAUUUCAGGAUACAAUGAGUAUGCCCUUUGAUGUAAGCCAAUUUUGUUUUAAUUGGGUUUCAGCUAAUGGAAACCUUCUGUUAAAACAAUUUUGGAUGUGUUAAUAUCAUAGAAGCUAUGAUAACCGUACUGUUAGCUUCAUUAUAUUUUUACUAGGGAAAUAAAAGCUGUAUAUUUUAUUAUUAAUAUGAUUGUACUAUAGCUGUAGCCCCAAAUUAGACUUAAAUGUGUAACAUACUAAGACUUAACUACAUAACAGUCAGCACACAUUCAAAUAUAUAGUGUAUAUAGUAUAUCUGGCAACCCAUGCUAAUGUUAAGAAAUACAUAUUAAAUUCCAAGUUCAAUAUUUUAUGGAGAUGGUUUGUUGUUUUAAAAUGCUAGUCCUGUAAGUUACUGUCCAAUGCAAAUAAAUAAAAGAUGAGAAAGUCUUA